AGAUAAGAUUAAAUCGAAUGAAACUCGUCAAUAUGGUUUUAACUGCGGUAUGGCAGCGAAUUUUAGCGCUCGACCAAGUAUUGUUGUGCAAAGUUUGUUAACAAAAUGAGCAAUACUUAUCACACUGGUGUCAACUAUAUUUGGUCAACCCCAGGAAUACUUCAAAUAGCUGAAGGGUUGCUCAAUAUUAUAUUAAUAGUGUCAUCCACCGUUAUCGAUGCAUCGUUCAGAGCCAACUUUCUUUGUGGAAUUGCCAUAUUCGCAGUACUGUCAGUUAUAGUGUUACUGGGUGUCAAUAUAACUGGAGUUCCCGCCAAAUCUGACGUUCCAUGGUUCUGGAUUCAGUUCUUUUGUGCCGUAAAUUUGGUUCUGUUGUACUCAAUCAGUUCGACGCUAGUUAUUAUUCAACUAACUAAAGGAUCUAUUAUUACUGGGGUAAGACAAUAAAUUAUAUUCUUAAAUUCG